GCCCGCUCCCCUCCUGCGCGCGGAGCGGCAGCGAAACAGCUGGUUCGGGCGCCGCUUGUGCUGCCCCUGCCCCGCCCGGCCCGCGGGAGCCUCCUGCCCCUGCCCCUGCGCCCAGGCUUUUCCGAGGCGCCAGCCAAUUCCGCUCCCGCGGGAGGCGGGGGGGAGCGACAGCUGUUGUCCGCCCCACGCCCGUAUGAACUGAUUUCACCCUCAAGGUGGGUUAAGAGAACAAUGAAGGCCAUGUGAUUAUGGGACAAUGAGGACACAGAGAACAGAAGAGUAUUUAAAGAGAAGUUGUUACAAACUGAUAAAGUUGAACAGGACUGAUACUUUAAAUUCUGUGGAACACCAUGACAACAGGAAAACUUUGAAAUAGUUGGAGGAGAUAGAGGGGAACUCAUUAAGGUCAUAUCCCUCCAUUUACCUGAAGGCUUGCUUGUUUUAGGUAAGUACUCUUGAGUAGCUGCAAUAAAGGAGGAGCUGAAAUGCCUGGAGAAGCAGCUAGCCAGGCACAGGAACACAAAACAGCAGACAGGCAAGCAAGCACUAUGGAGGCUGAAGCUGCUAAAUUCUUGCUCCAGGCUACAGUGACUCAGAUCUGUCAUUCUUCCAGAGAUAUCCAGCCGCAUUCUCUCCAUCCAAGAGAGCAGCCAGAAAGCAACCCUACCUUAUGGAGACCCUGGAUUCUCACAGCAAGAGAUGCUGAACUGGGACAUCAAGGAAUGUCUGACCUGGACGGUGAUCAGAGAAAUUUUAGCUCAAAAGGAGCUUUGGGGUUUCAGCAUCCAGUGAGACUUUAUUUGCCCAAAUCUAAAUCCCAGAAGUUCCUACACAACAUUGGAAAGAAGGUUCUGGCCAGUUUUCCAGUACAAGCCACAAUUCAUUUCUACAAUGAUGACUCUGAUUCUGAAGAUGACGAGGAAGAAAGGAAUUCAGCUUUGUAAUGAACAUACUCAGCCUCUGAGGACCAUGUAAAU